AUGAAGGAUAAUACGGAUAAUAUAUUAGAUGAUGAAAUUUCAAUUUCUACAUCUCCAAGUAUUGAAAAAUUAUCACAAUCGAAAAAACCUUUAUCGAAAUCGAUAAAUUUUUCAAUUGAUUGCUACAAGAGAAGUGCAUCCUAUUUAUCAUCAAGGAGAUUAUUUGGUAAAAAAUUGAAUAAUUAUACAAAGAAAUUAAUAUUAAUACUCCCUAUAAUAACUUUAAUCUUAAUAAUAUAUCAAUUAUCAAAUGGAUUUUUACCAAAUGAAACUAAUCAAUUUAUUUAUUAUAAAUCACCAUCAACCUUUAAUUUAAACCCUUUAAGAAGAAAACAAGUACCAAGAAAGAAAGAUUUAUUAAAAGUUGAUAUUACAAAAUUAGUCAAUGGUAGGGAUCUUUCAAGAUCUCCAAUAACGGAAAAAAUGUUAAAUCAAGAUUACAUUACUAAUAUUCUAACAGGUUUUGUAUCGAAUUUACAAUUAGAUUCUCAUAAGAGGCAAAAUUUGGCAGCUAAUCAUGAUAAACAUAAUCAUAAACAACACAAUAAUACAUCAUCAUCAGACUUAUUUCCAAAGGAAGCCUCAAAUAAUAUUGUUGAUGUGAAAGGAUUAGAGAAACAAGGUAGGAAAUCCUAUGAUUCUUUGGUCACUUGUGAGGAUUUAUCAUAUAAUGCUACAAUUGAACAUUCUUUAACGACAAAUAUCUUAAGUGAUGAUCUUAUGUCUAUUAGAAGAGGGCUUCUAAAAGAUGGAGAUUGGUUAAUUAAAGAAUUAAAAGACGAUAGAGACAAAGAUAAAACUGAAGAAGAAAUUGUAGAUAUGCAAUGGUUUAGAUUUGGUGGAUCUUCUGUAUGGCUAGAAAGUGAACAAUGUUACUUAGUUUUUACAAGAAUAGUUUACUCUAGGGUCAAUAGAAAGAAUCAUCCUCAUUUAUCGCUGAUCAGGGGUCAAGCUUACGACAAAGAUUGGAAUGAAGUCAUUGGUAAGAAAAUCCCAUAUUUAGAUAUUACUUUCCCAAAAAACAUGGAGAAAGAGAUGGAAAAUUUAAAUAUUGAAUUAAACAUUGAAGAUUGUACAAAAUAUUCUGGUAAUUCCUUAGAAUUUGAAAAUUGUAACGUUCAGCAGGCCAAAACGAAACUUAGAAACGAAAAGAAAAAGGAACAUGUUAUUUCUAAAUAUUAUGUUACAUACCCAACUGUCUUUGAUUUCCCAUUCCAAGCCAACGGUGACUUUAAAGGUCCAGAAGAUCCUCGUGUGAUCAUAAGAAAGACUGAGACUACCGAAGAACCUGUUAUUUUAUUUAAUAUGCAUGAUGGUGUUGAAGAUAAGAGAAGAAUGUUUAGUUACAUGCCACAUAGAAAAAUUGACCCAUUAGUAAAAUUCAAGAUAUUUGGGCGUGGUAUGAGGAAUUCAGAGAAAAAUUGGACGCCAUUUUUCCAUCCAUCUGAUCAAGCCCAAAGUGGAUUAUCGAGAGGAAGUAUUCAUUUUAUUUACACGUUUAGUCCUCUCGAUAUUAUUAAAUGUUCUUUGAACGAUGGUAACUGUGAAAUUGUCUUCGAUCAAGAGACACUAGAAAUUUCUGAUUCAAAUACCUUCGGAGGGAUGAGAGGUGGUACUCAAUUUAUUCCAUUACCUCAACAGAUGCCCGGCAUAAAUAACAAAAAUAUUUGGGUUGGUUUCCCUAAGUUACAUAUCAAGAACUGUGGUUGUGGUGAAACAUUCUAUAGACCUAUGUUAGAUGUAUUAGUUGAGUCAAAUGGUAUUUAUCAUCAAGAACUAGUUGUUCCAGCAAUUGAUUUCGACAUCGAUGUAUUAUCAUGGGAUAUGAAAAGUACAGAAUGUCAAGAAACUAAUAUUUUAAGUCCAAAUUCUAUUUCUCAUUGGAAUAUUAUUCACCAGGAUCCAGAGACCAAGUCGUUCGAUGAUUAUAUGACAUUAACAGUUAGUGAGUCAGAUAUUUUGACUAAGGUGAUUACAUUGAAAGGUGUUUUGAACUAUAUUCUAGGCAUCUAUCGUGUCAAGAAUAUGAAAGAUGACUUUUUACCAGACAGGGAAUCUGAUGAUAUUAUUGGGAGGACACUUUCAUGUCUAAUUGCAGGAGCUAAACAACAUUGCGCCAUAUAUGGUGAAAUGCAUAAAGUUUUCAAGCCAGAUAAGAAGAAAGGAAAAAAAGGAGAUAGUAAUAAAAAGACUCAACUUGGAAGUAUGCUACCAGGACCAUUAAUUAUUAAUUAG